AUGGGCAUUGAAGAGCAGAAAGAGGAGCGCGAGGUCCUCGAUUCGAUCUUCCCCGAUGAAAUCACAGACACCUCGGACAAUGCGUACCGGAUAACCAUCACGCUCGACAUCCCCGGCGAUGGACACGACGAGGACGCCGAACCCCCGGUCCUCUGGCUCAAUGUCGCAUACCCGGACGCCUACCCUGACGUCGGGCCGCACUUGGACAUCAGCGCCCCGCCCAACGCGCCGAAACACCCCCAGUUGGACCUCGGCGAGGACAAGGCGCAGCUCCUCGACACGCUCCAGCCGACGAUAGAAGAUAACCUGGGCAUGGCCAUGGUGUUCACGUUGGUCACGACGCUGAAGGAAGCGGCGGAGGUGUUGAUUUCCGACCGGAUACGGCAGGCCGACGAGGCGCGGGAGAUCCUGGUCCGCGAGAAGGAGGAGGAAGAGAAUCGCAAGUUCCACGGCACACUGGUCAAUAGGGAGCGGUUCCUGGAGUGGAGGGAAAGGUUCCGGCGGGAGAUGGAAGAGAAGGAACGCAAGGCGAGGGAGGAGGAAGAGGCCGAGGAGAAGAAAAAGAGGGGUGGAAAACCCGAGGAGAAGAGGCUGACGGGGAAGCAGCUCUGGGAGAGGGGAUUGGUGGGUAAGGGUGACGAGGAGGAUCUUGACGGCGAAGACGCCGUUGCGGCGGUGGGAAAGCUCAAAGUCGACGGUUAG